UAGUCUUAUAAUAAAAACUACAUCUAGAAAAAAAACCCAAAAAAAAUUCUAUAAUUGGUUUAAUUCAUAUUACAUUACAAUAUAUUUUAUAUUAAGUGGGAGCCCUUGUAUCUGAAUUUUUAAAAAAUAAAAAUAAAAAAUAUUUGAUGCACAAAAUGCCGCCUCGUUCUUCGAUGCCCAGAUGGCCGACAUCUCCUUUUUUAUAUUUACCUCACAGUCAGGCCUGACUUGUUCUGCGGGUUAAAUCUUGCAAACAAAUAUGGAUCAUUCAUCCACCUUCAACUUGGUCAGCUUUCUCAUAUCAUGGUAUCUUCACCAGAAUAUGCCAAAGAGAUAAUGAAGACUCAUGAUCAGAUCUUUGCAAACAGACCCACAAAUCUUCCCUCUCAUGUCUUGUACUACAAUGCCACAGACAUUAUCUUUUCCCCAUGUGGAAACUACUGGAGGCAACUUAGAAAGAUUUGUAUUUUGGAACUUUUCUCCAAGAAAAGGGUCCAAUCAUUCAGAAAAAUAAGACGAGGAGGCUUAAGCACUUGUGAGGAAUAUCUCUGAAGAACAUGAAGGUUCUGUCAUUAAUCUUAGCAGAAAAACCUUCAUAUGCGUGAAUUAUGUAGUUGCAAGAGCAGCUUGUGGCAAAAAGACAAAGAACAUAGAACAUCUCCUGCAAACUAUGGAACAAUCAAUAAAGAUUGGCUCUGGAUUAUCGAUUUCUGAUUUCUGUCCUUCACUGAAAUUUAUCAGUAUCAUCACUGGGAUGAGAGCUAAAGUUAUGAAGUUGCAUAGAGAUGGUGAUAGAGUGUUUGAUGACAUUAUCAGAGACCAUAAAUAAAAGAAAACAGGCAAUAAUUUUGGAGAUGUGGAGGAUGAUCUAGUUGAUGUUCUUCUCAAGAUUCAAAAGGACAAUGACUUUGAGAUUUCCUUAUCUCUUGGCAACAUUAAAGCUGUUAUUAAGGAUGUUUUCUUUGCUGGAACAGGAACAACUGUGGCUACAGCAGAGUGAGUAAUGUCAGAAUUGCUCAAAAACCCAGAGGCAAUGACAGAGGCACAAGCAGAGCUUUUUUCUCCACCGAUGGCUAUGUAUGACAGAGACACUUGUGGAAUAUGGACAUUGUGAAGUACAAAAUUAUAUAUUAAAAAAAGAACUUUGCCUGAGCUGUAUCAGUCUAAGUCAAUGGCAUGAAAUACACGUUAAAGGAGAAGCCAUAAAGUCGAUCUUUGCUUGCUCUGUAAAUUACAAUUCACACCUCAAGUAUACUGUUGACGUUUGAGUAUAAAAGGCCUAGCACUUGACAACGCAAAACCCCACACUAGCCUAUUUAGGUUUAACCAUAUCCAUUCAUUCAUGGAGAUACAGAUCCCAUAUUCCAUCGUCUUCACCUUCUUGUGCUUUUUCUUUGUGAUCCUCAAGCUAUCUUCUUCCAACAAACGCAAACCCAUCAAAACCCUACCUCCAGGCCCAUGGAAAUUACCUCUUAUAGGAAACUUACACCAGCUCGCUGGGUCUCUACCUCAUCAUUCUCUCACAAAUCUUGCCAACAAGUAUGGACCAUUCAUCCACCUUCAACUUGGCCAGCUUUCCCACAUCAUAGUGUCUUCACCAGAAUAUGCCAAAGAAAUCAUGAAGACGCAUGAUCAGAUCUUUGCAAACAGACCCAAAAUUCUCGCCUCUGAUAUACAAGCCUAUAAUAGCACGGACAUCGUGUUUUCCCCAUAUGGAAACUAUUGGAGGCAACUUCGAAAGAUUUGUACUUUAGAGAUUUUCUCAGCAAAGAGAGUUGAAUCGUUUAGAAGGAUAAGAGAAGAGGAGGUAUCAGCACUUGUGAGGAACAUCUCUGAACUUGAAGGUUCUGUCAUAAACCUUGGUGGACAAUUCUUGGCACUCACAAAUUCUAUAGUUGCAAGAGUGGCCUUUGGCAAAAAGACAGGGAACGUGGAAGAGGUUCUUCAAACUAUAGAGCAAUCGAUAAAGCUAAGCUCUGGGUUAUCAAUUUCUGAUUUCUAUCCUUCAUUUAAAUUUCUCAGUGUCAUCACUGGGAUGAGAGCUCGAACAAUGAAGUUGCAUGAACAUACUGAUAGGGUGCUUGAUGACAUCAUAAGAGACCACAGAGAAAAGAAAAGAAAAAAUAACAUUAUUGGAGAGGCUGAUGAGGAGGAUCUAGUUGAUGUUCUUCUCGAGAUACAAAAGAACAGUGAUGACUUUGAGAUCCCCUUGUCUCUCGACAACAUUAAAGCUGUUCUUAAAGAUGUUUUCUUUGCUGGAACUGAAACAACAGCAACCACAACGGAGUGGGCAAUGUCAGAAUUGCUCAAAAACCCAGAAGCUAUGAAAGAUGCACAAGCUGAGGUAAGAAGAGUCUAUGGAGGCAAAAAGUAUGUGGACGAAUCAGAACUUCACCAAUUAAAAUAUUUAGGUGCUGUCAUCAAAGAAACCCUAAGGUUGCAUUCGCCCCUAGCACUAUUGCUUCCAAGAGAGAAUAGUGAAGGUUGUGAGAUUAAUGGAUAUAAGAUACCUUCGAAGACAAAGAUUAUCAUUAAUGCUUGGGCCAUUGGAAGAGAUCCCAAAUACUGGAAUGAACCGGAGAAGUUUGAACCAAAGAGAUUUCUCGAUAAUAAGGUUGAUUACAACUUCAAAGGUUCAAACUUUGAGUACAUACCAUUUGGUUCUGGAAGAAGGAUAUGUCCUGGAAUCACAUUUGCUACACCUGUUUUAGAAUUGUUACUUUCUAAUUUGCUCUAUCAUUUUGAUUGGAAACUACCAAAUGAGAUGAAGCUUGAAGAGUUGGAGAUGGACGAGUCGUUUGGUGUUACAAUAAAAAGGAAAAACCAUCUUAGGGUUGUUCCUAUUGGCUAUGCCUCUAAUUGUAAUGUGUGAUUAUUCCUUGGAUGAUGUCUAGGCUGGUGUUUGAUGUCCCUGGAUCUUUACCGUGGAUCCAAAAAAUCAAUAAUA